AUGGAAGCAUUUAGUGUAAUUUUAAUCGUCUUGAUUGCUAUUGUAAUAUUAGGCUUUAUCAUUUACCUCAUAAAGAUAAAUAUUACAAAAAAAUAAAGCAAUUAAAAAUAUCAAAUUAGCGAGAAAGGUGAAAAGGGAUAUAUUAAUCCUAAAGACUAAUAAACCUAAAACAAAAAUAAUCAAAACAAAGAAAAAAAUAAUUAAUUAGAUUACAAACAUAAUUCUGAGUUGAAAAAAAAUGCGAAUCCAAAUAAUCUUUAAAAUAAUAGAUAACAAAAUAAUUUAUAAUAAGCAGAUGAAUUAAAAUUAUAAUCACAGAAUAUCACUCAUGAAUCACCAACAUUAGAAAAGUUUGACUCUCAACUACCUAUUUCAUAAAAUAAUCAAUAAUAGAAUUAUCCAGAAAUGCCAUUAGGUAAUCAAAAUGAUUAUUAAUAAUAAAUUAACCAGAAUUCACAAUUAUACAAUAGUAAAAAUGACUAAGAAUAAAAUAUUGAAAAUGAUUUAUUAUAUAAAAAUAAGGAUAAUUAAUUACAAAAUAAUCUAAAUGGUUAUUUAAUUAAUGAGGAUAGCUAAGAACAAAAUUAAGUUAAUAAUUAAAUAUUUAGGGAAAAUUAAUAACCAAAUAAUAAGGAUGCAAAUAGAUCAAAAAAUACUCAGGAUAAAGAUGAAGUAGUGAUAAAAAUAUGGGGAGAAAGUUAAGAAAACACCGUGAUCAAUUAAGAGUAUCAUCCAAAAAAAUAGAUUCAAUAAGUCAUAUCCUAAAUCAUUAAUGAUAACUAAUAAGAUAACACUCUUUCAAGUUUUAAAUCAAAACCUGAGCCUAUACCUAAACCAGAGCCUGAGCCUAUACUUUAACCCAAGCCUAUACCCAAAUCUAAGUAUAUACCCAAAUCUAAGUAUAUACCCAAAUCUAAGUAUAUACCUAAAUCUGAGUAUAUACCUAAACCUGAGCCUAUACCUUAACCCGAGCCGAUACCUGUACCUGAUCCAUUAAAGCGAAUAAUUGCUGAGACUUCUAAAAAACGAAAAGUAGCAGUUGAAUAUAAAUAUUAUAUCAGAAAAUUUUAGAAUAAAUCAGAAUUAAAAAAACAUUAUGGCCUAACAUUAAAAGCAAGUGCAGAGUUAUAUAAAUAUUGCAAUGCAUUUAGAGAAGUAAGAGGAGAUGGUAAUUGCUUUUAUACUGCUUUUGGAUUUUAAUUCUUAUCUAUUUUACUAUUUAAGUAUUCCUUAGACUAAUUUAAUGAUUUUUUUAAUAAAAUUAGACAAAUUGAGUUGCCAAUGAAAAUAUUUGUUCCUGGUACAAAUUUAAAAAUUGAUGAUAAAGAAUUAGAAAAAUAACUAUUAAAUGAAUUUUAACGUAGAAUAACUAAACUAAAACUUAUAAAAGAUAUAAACUAAAGAGAAGAAUAAUUUCGUACUGAAUUUGCUGCCUAUGAAUAAUAAUCAGAUGAAAUAGAUGGAUGUUUAUAUGGAUUAUCAACUUUAUUUUUUAGAAAUUAUUCUAAUUACGCUGUCGAUUUUAGUGAUGCCAAAGAUGCAGUAUAUGAUAGAGUAAACUUAUUAAAUUGGGAAGUAGAAUGUAAUAGCAAUGAAGUUGUUAUUGCAGAAUUAGCUAAACAAUUAAAUAUUUUUGUUUAAUUAAUUUAUAUAAAAAAUAAAGAAAAUGUAGUCAUUAGGAAUUAUGGAAUCAAUGAACAUCAUAAAAUUAUAUUAUUAGAGCAGCCUGGACAUUAUAACAUUGGUUAUUUUUAAUCCGAAAAUAACCUGAAUUAAUGA